AUGAUGCGACACGACGGAAGGCGGCGAUGCGAGGCGGCAGCUGACGAAGACGAAGAUAUGUGUUUGUGGACGGAGGCGAGGCGUCGAGCCGGAUUACAGUUACGAGGUGGAGGACGGAGACGAGCAGUUGUGCUGGCUACGAGGAGGCGGACAGUGGCGACCCGACGCGACGACAACGGCGGUCCGGAGACAGCUGCGUGUUGUGUAUCCUCAGCCGUUCUGCCGCCGGCGGCGGGCCUCCGCCCUGCUGCACCGUCCCAGCUUAUCAUCUCACCGGUGAUGAAGCCUAUGAGCCAUCGCCGACCGCCUGACUCAUGGAGAGUUCUCAGCGGCGGCCGGAAGUUUCAUGAGCAACGAGCAUCGCCUAGUCUGCACACGUUUUAUCGACAAAACAUUGACUUUUUAGACGUCGACUUCUACGUCGAAUUCGACAGCCUCCGGCGGCGGUGUUUCAGCGGCUCCGACGGCGGCGACGGUUGA